AAACGCUAAGCAUUUAUAACAUAACUGCACCACAAGUAGAUUGUGCUACGUAACUCAGAAUGGAACACUACCUCCGAUAUACGAUAUUAUUUAUAAGUGUUUUAAAGAUAACAAGUUUGCCUACCCAAAAUGGGUGUGCCCCACUGGAAGUACAGGAAAAUCGAGAUAAUGUCUCAAUUGAAGUACCUUUUCCUUCGGUGUUCAACAACAUAGCACCUAUGUUGAGAAUAUUACAGUCACCUCAGUAUAUUACACACGUGGGAGCUAAGGAAAUCUUGAAGGUUUUUCAAAUAGCAAAAGAGAAAAAAAGGGAAUUUGAAGCAGCAGGUGGAAAGAAGAAUUAUCCGUUGAUAGUAUUGGAAGGUUUGGCGGGUUCAGGUAAAUCUACGCUGGUGAGAGGCCUAGCAAAAAAAAUCAAUGGACUUCAAAGUCAUUCUCCGUCGUCUUCAGCUCAAAAAUUGAGGAGAUUAUUCUUGAAUGACACUGUAAUGGACAAUUUAUAUCAUUACUUUUCUCAUUAUAUAACAGGUCUAGAAGUCAGCUUAUGGUUAAAAGAUUCCCCAGUAAUACUCGACAGAUUUUGGCAUUCAUCUUCUACUUAUUCUAUCGCACGAGCAGCUUAUAAUACUCAAGCAACAUACACUUUACCCCCAAGAGGUGAUAAAAUCUACAACUGGCCAGAUGAUCUUCUCAAACCUGACGCGGUGCUUUUUCUUGACGUGGAUGAAACUAGCCGAGUACAAAGAAUUAAUCUUAGACUUCAAGACAAUCUGAAGAAAGGAAGUGAGAAAGAGGAAUUAAUCUUGGGAAAAAAUGAAUUGUUGUUGCAAAUUUGUCCAGACUACAGAAAUAACAUAAUUUUGGCUUAUAAAAACAUGGACAGACCAGCAGUGACGUUCCUAAACGCUAGUUUAUCAGUAGAAGAUGUUCUAGAUGAAGCUUAUUCAAAAGUGAAACCGUUACUAGGAUCUAGUUAUCAAGUCUCCUAAUACAAAAAAUAUUUACUAUAAACUAUUAAAAAGUAUGAAGCUUUA